AUGGUUGCCGACGAGAAGAAACGGCCAAUGGCCUUGAACCUCACGCCAGUACGAAGCAUGUCUGCUAGCUCAGUUUCCACCACAACCUCGACAUCAACAUCAUCUUCCUUAGCCAAGCCACCCAGGACACCGCGGUUUGCUGAGGCAACCGCUGUUCACUCACCCAUCGAGCCGCAGAGGAAUCCGUUCUCCGAGAAGUCAGAAGUUGCCCAUGCGCAACCAGGUGAUGUCGGUUUUGGCUACAUUGGAAGCGGAACCGACAGGGAAGCCAUCACCAUGCCUAUGACGCCAAAGUCACCACUGAAGAGCGCCAUGAAGGUGCCUGGGACGCCGGGGCGUGGCCUUUCGAAUCCCCUGAGCCCCACUUUCAAGGAGGAGCAGAUACUGGAAGCGAGGGAGAAGGACACGGAGAAGGACCAAGCGCGGGAUCUGAAAAUCAAGACUCGCGUGCGCAUGGCCAAGUUCGCCCUGCGCGGUGUCAGCUUCAGCUGCAGUCUCAUCAUCCUGGCCAUGCUCUCGGCCUCGUUUGCCAUAUUCAAUGCCACGAAGGCCCUUCCAGCUCUCAGCACGCUCCCCGUAUGGGCCACCGGAACGCCGCUUUGGCCCCAGAUCGUGGUGCUUGCCUGCGCGUGCGUGUCGCUCAUCAUCUGCAUAGGCGUCUUCGUCGGUUACUGCCGCGGUGGGCACAAGAGGGCCGAGAAGGUUGGCGUCUACUACACCCUCUUCGCUGUCGGCUGGUUCAUCUUCAGCAUGGCCAUGUGGGCAGCCGCUGCUGGUAUCCUGCAGCACUCGAGGAGCAACAGCAACAACCAAGACCUGUGGGGCUGGGCCUGCGUGCAGAACCGCCGCUCGCAGCUCCAGGGUGCCGCACAAGAUAUUGACUACGCGCUCGUGUGCCGGUUGCAGGACUGGACCCUGAUCUGCAUCAUCAUCGAGCUCGUCAUCGAAAUCAUCAGCAUCACGCUGUACAGCGUCGUCUUCUACCGCUACUGGUCGAAGCGCAAGCUCCACAAGUCGAUGGACCUCCGCGACAAGGCCCGGUCCGACUACUACCUCGCCCAGCUGCGAACCCAGUCGGCCCCGAACACGCCGGGAUUCGGCCCCAAGUCGCCCUCGUUCUCGCAGUACGCCCUCUCGCCGCGCUUCCCGCCGUCCACGUACAAGUCCCUCGGUGACAUUGAGGAGGGCGCGUCGCCGUUCACGCCGGGCGGGAAGGGCCUCAUCAUCCCCCAGUCGACCUUCUCCGCCCCGCAGACGGGCUUCAAGCUCCAGGCGCCCCCGACGAAAGCCAACCCGGCGACACCGGCAACGCCAAAGCAUCUCUCGCCAGCGACCCCUACCGCGCCCUCGGCGACAUUUAACGAACCCGCGCCCGUGGCAGAGGGCGAGCAGCAGUACGAGGCCGUCCCGAUCCCCGGCGCUUAUGCCGGGCAGGCAAUCAAGAGCCCGCCGCCACUCCAGACGACAUUCAACAUCCCGCGGUAG